GCAGGUCCGCCAUCAUCUGAUCUGAUAGGGCUGGCUCAGAUGAGAAGUUACUGUGGCAACCAACUGGAGCUACAAACGCCAAACACCAGACGACCAGCAGCACAGGAAACAUCCCAGCAGUGCUGGUUAAUGAACAAAUUACACUUGGAGCUAAUUAGAACGAGAAGAACAAACGAGCCAAAUCCAAAGAGUCUCAUCUGUCAGCAAAUCAGACCCAGAGACUGUGAACACGCGACAGAGAGAAGCAGGAAACAGCCUCUGUGUCUCAGCUGCUGCCGAUUUCCACCCUGAACGUGAAACUUUAUGAGGAACUCUUUGAAGAAACGACACACAUCCACCACCACAGAGCGAGUAUGACAGAGUUUCCAUCCCAGCUGUGUUUGACCGACAAGGUGAAGAUGGACUCUGCUGUAACACGGCGGCGCUCCGGGCCGUUUCUACCGGACAUCACCACCAACAGCGUCAGAUGGAGGAGAAGCUCCCAGAACAGGACGAGGCUGGAGCAGGAGUCCCUACAAGCGAGAUCAGUGUCCAAUAAAUGGGCUCAGAUCUUCUCCAAGGAAGAAAUCGCACAGUUCAGAAACAGCGUGAAACAGAACAUCUGUGUGCAGAUGCUUCAGGAGGGCUACCACAGGUCGUUCUCUGAGCUCUCCUUUCUGCUGCAGUCUGAGCGAGACCGGAGGGCGGCGGCUGAACCUGGUUCAGCUCUCAGGCUUCAGACUCCACUGGAGGAGCAGCAGGAUAAGCUGGAGACCAUGAGGCAGCACCUGAGCCGGGCCGAGCAGGCUGAAAGGAUCGGUUCGUGGUCGGUGGUGUGUGAGCACCGUCUGGUUUUGGGUCAGUACUUCUCAGCUCCUGAAGAUCUGUUGCUGAGUUUGUACUUCUACCACAGCUGUGCAGACAGAGAGCAAGGGGGGCGCUCGAGACCAGCUACCGAGGCCCGGGCCUGCAUGGCUGAGCUCUACCUGCAGCAAGGAGACCUGGAGGAGGCGAGGCACCAGGCAGAGCUGUGUCUAAAGCAGGCUGAGGACGGCGGCUGGCUGGACUCGACCGGUCGGCCCCUGAGGCUCCGGGGCCGUCAGGCACUGUGGAGGAUCUACAACCAGCUAGCUGAAGUUUCACUGGACGCGGCAAACUACAGCGAGGCUCUGGAGCUGCUCCACAAGGGCCACAGCAUGGCCACGGAGUCUGAAGAUAAACAGAUUGAAGGGGAGGCCGCCUAUCGACUGGGACUGGCCUAUCAGCGCACAGGAGACCAUGACACAGCCAAAAAGUUAUUCAACACCUGCAUGCAGAUUUGUGGCACACUGCAGGACGCUGAUGGACUGGGAAAGGCCUACAAGGCUAUGGCCAAGUCUAUAGAGAGUGAGGGAAACAUAAAUGAGACAAUCCAGUGUCUGCAGAAGUUAGUCGACAUCAUGCGAAGCAACGGACUGCAACCCAAGAUGGCGGAAAGCUGCCUGUGUCUGGGCAAUAUCUACUUCACCACGGCUCAGUACAGAAGAGCGUGCGAAUGCUUCCUUCAGAGUUAUGACGUCGCCUGUAACAUAGGAAACAUGGCUCUGCUGCAGAAAGCACAGGUGUCGGUGGGCAGUGCUCGUGCUCACUCCCUGAUCAGAACAUACGCCGCUGACGUGGCGUCGGCCUCGCCCACGGCCCUGCAGCGACUCAUGACCUGGAAAAACACCAGAGGGCAUCAGGAUCUCAGCCUGGACUCGACAGAUCCGGCAGCCUGGUACUAACUCAGCAGAGAAUGAGACUGGUGAAUACAAGUAAAACCAGUACACUGUCAUUUAUUUCUUCAGACAGACACUUUGGUGUAGAGAAUGUAAAGAAACACACAGAGUUUAAUAUGUUGCAACUGUAGCUGCUUGAUAUAUUUUAUGCAUCACACACUGUAAAUUUAUUAGAGAAGUUCCUCAGUCCCCCGCAGGGACCCAGUGAUCACACAGUCAGCUGUAUCAACCAAAACAUCCUGUGAAUGCAACACUCCACGACGUGGAAGUAUGACAGACUUUAUCCUGAGCACAUGAACGCACCUGAUGGUUUCCAAAUCAUCUGACGUCCAGUUUGAGAACGAUCUGUGCACCAGAUCACAGCUCGUGUCAAAAUGGUUUAAAAUAAAAUGUGAUUUACG